UUUAAUGAGACGGAAGUCAAACUUGUAGUCGUUGGGAUUCUUGUCAGUGACAUGACAAAAGAAACUGCAGUUUGAAAAUUAGACAGUAAUUCAAGUUUGAAAAGGCGGCAGAUUUGGCAGACUGAUUUGCAGAGAAGUUUCAGUCAGAAGCAGAAAGGAUGCAUGGCAGAGUGAAGGUAAAAACUACAGCUCAGCAAGAGGAGGAGAAAAGAAAGGAGCGAGAGAAGAAACUGAAGAUGUAUGUGGCCGCACGGGAUGCUUGCUUUUCUAAGAGGAAGGAGGGCGUUUGUGAUGAUGAGGCCCUCCAGUUGACUCAACAGCUGCUUUCUUCUAAUCCUGACUUUGGAACCCUGUGGAACUACAGAAGAGAGAUCCUCAUGCACCUGGACACUGUGAGGGAAAUGGAUGACAUGCAAAAGAUUUAUGAGGCCGAGCUGUCAUUUUUAGAGACUUGUUUGAAGGUGAAUCCAAAGUCCUAUGGCAGCUGGCACCACAGAGGUUGGGUCUCUGCCCGCCUGCCUCAGCCAGAUUGGGCCAAGGAGCUGCUCCUCUGCAAUCGCUGCCUUAGCCUGGAUGAACGCAAUUUUCACUGUUGGGACUACCGCCGGAUGGUUGUGAAGAUGUCUGGUGUGCCCGUGGAUCAAGAGUUGGAAUUUACUGACCGUCUUAUUGGUUCCAAUUUUUCCAAUUACUCCAGCUGGCACUACCGCAGUACCUUACUGCCACUCCUCCACCCAGAGUCCCCAGAGAACCCAUCGCCUUGUCAUAAGCCUCCCCAUUCCUCCCCUCCAACAUCUCCGCAAAUCCACUCUCAUCGAGUGUGUGAACAACAGCUACUCAAAGAAUAUGAACUUGUGCAGAAUGCCUUCUUCACUGACCCCAAUGACCAAAGUGCUUGGUUCUAUUAUCGCUGGUUGCUAGGCAGAGCAGAUCGUGAAGAGAUGAUAAGCUGUGUCUAUGUCAGUCGAGAAGAGGAGAGAGUGGCUGUUGCCUUCUCUCGGCCUGUCAAUGGACGGGGUGUUGGUCUUCAGCUGGUGCUUGAUGGUCAGAUCCAGCAAGUAGAGUGGAGGAGUGUUCACCCACGCUAUAAUCACAGCCCUGUCUUGAUCUGUGAUCUUACACCUGGAACAAUAAGUGACAUCACUAAUGAACACAACCUGACUGUGCACUGGACUGAAAAACAUACUCACAGAGAUUGUGCCCUUUAUACAGGUCGAAUUGAGAGUUGGUGCCGGGACUCUGCCACUGAUCGGGAACUUUUCAGGAGUGAACUCUCAGUGGAAAAGACAUCAGUGCUGCAAUCUGAGCUUCAGUCAUGCAAUCAGCUACUGGAACUGGAGCCUCAGAAUAAGUGGUGUUUACUGACCAUUAUCCUAUUGAUGAGGGCAUUAGACCCGCUUGGAUAUGAAAAGGAGAUGCUCGCUCAUUUCCAAACACUCAAAGAAGUGGAUCCCAUGCGUUGUGCUUAUUAUUGUGACCUGUGUAGCAAGUUUAUGAUAGAAAACACCAUCCUGAAAAUGGAGUAUGCUGAAGUGCGUGUCUUCAGUAUUUCUGAAAAGAACCUGACCACUUUAUGUCACCUGGACCAGCUGUUGUUGGUCACCCAUAUUAAUCUGUCAUCUAACUUGCUGCAGAGGCUGCCUCCUCAGUUUGCUCUCUUGCAGUGCCUGGAGGUCUUGGAGGCUGAUAACAACUCCAUAGAAGAUUUAGAAGGAGUGUGUUGCCUUCCCAAGAUAGAGGAAGUUCUCUUGAAGAAUAACCAAUUAUCUACACUGGCAGCUCUUCAGCCGCUGGCAUCUUGCCCAAAGUUGAAGCGUCUUGAUCUCCGUGGCAACCCUGUCACUCAGAUUGCCAACAUCAAGUCAGAAUUGGCUGCACUGAUGCCCUCGGUCACAGACAUUCUGCUCUGAUCAGUCACAGGGCAGCCAUCACCAUUUUUUUGUGACUUCUCCACUUUCUUGUGUGUGUUUAUCACGAAUCAAGAGCGAGUUUUUCAAGUAUCUUGAGUGCUUACAACACGUUUGGGUGAAUAUUAGUCACCCCCACCCUUCCUGAGGGUCUGAAUACUUGACACAUCAGUGAAAAUAUGUCCUUUAACUUCAUCAGCAAGUCUACAUGUUGAAAUGUGUAAUAAUAUUGUCUGUGUUUAAUUGUGUAUGCAUAUGGAUGUGAUUAAUAUAACACAGCCAAAUGCAUGCAAAAAAAUAGAGUAAAUAGACUGUACAUGUAGAGGUGUGUAACAAGCUCACUGCUUCUGUAAGUCCAAUGUUUAAAGAAAAAACAUGACCCUUGUUAUCAAAAAGUUAUUCAGAACAAUAUGUAGUUCACAUCCACAUUUAAAAAACACAUUGACUCAGUACUGUUUACAGGAAGUCAAACAUAACAUAAAAACACACACAUUGUGUCACUACCUUCCACCUAAUAGUGCAUAUUAUCAUCUCUUGCUAAUGCAUAAUCUGUCCAGUAGGUGCCUUUUCUGAGUUAAUGUGGUGUAUUUUUUUUUUUUAAUCCCCAAACAUCAGGUUGUUGUUGGUUUUUCUUAUGCAUGAGAUUGAUAGAUUAAGUGAGACAGGCUGACAGAACAUUAGUAAUGCUGGACUUUACCUGAACUUGUACGCUUUAUCUUUCAUACUGGCUUGGACUUGAGCAUUGAUGCGCCCAUUUGUGCAUUUCAGUGCAUUUUCACACUUAAAAAACAGUUAUUAAUUACUGAUAACUAUGUACUUGGCAAUUGCUGCUGUAGUUCUUGCCAUUAUGUGGAUUGUUUUGAGGCAGGGAUGGUGGUUACUUGGGGAAGCCAUUUGCUUUUCAUUCACAGCCAGGAAUGGAUCCAUCACCGCCAAGGCUGAGCCAGUAUCAGAGACCAAACCUAUGUCAUGUUCAUAUAAGGUCUAGCUUUACUAAUGUCUCCAGUCAGGUACAUAAAUAUUUGGACAGUGACACAAUUUUUUUUUAAUUUUCCUUUGUAUACCACUAUAACAGUUAAAAUUAAACCCUCAGUAUGAAAACUUUCAGGUUUAAUUCAAGACGUUUUACAAAAACAUACUGCAUUAAUCAUUUUGAAAUGAUGAUGUUUGUAUACAUUGUGUUUUUAUUUGAACUAAAUGGGAAUUAUUUUUAAUACAAAGCAAUUUCACAACCAAUAUUCUAUAGACAGGUCAGGGGACUGAUAAACUUUUUCCAAUUUACUGAAUAUGACCUCAUUUACAACAAUCAUUAAGAAAUGCACACAUUAGUGGUACUGUUUGGUAAAUCUGUCUGUAGUCAGCAGUUAAAAAAAUGAAAAACUAGAAGAAUAAGAUUCAUAAUAUUGUUUGUAUUUCUUAAUGAUUGAAGUAAAUGAAGUCCAAGAAAUAUUCUGUGAUGUGGAAAUGUUUGUGUCCAUCUGGUAACUUAUCUAAUGUCCAGUGGGGAUAAAAGUGGUGAUUUAUAUUCAAAAUAAUCCUUCAAUUUAGUUUGUCCAAGUAUUUGUGGCCUCUGAAAUUGGAAGCACUGUGUAUAAAAAUUCCAAAAUGAUAGAUAUUUUUGCAAAACCCCUUCUGUUAAAGCUAAGUGUCUCCAUUAAAAGUACAAACUGAGUGGUUUAUUUCAUCUCAGGUGGUGGUGUACUACAGAAGUAGCUGUCCAAAUACUUGUGGCCCUGAUUACAUCAACUAAUUUUGAGCUAAUGUGUCUUGUCAAAUUUGGUAUAGUUGUUGCCUUUAUCAGCAUAUUAAUAUGAAUAGUUGGCAUCAAGCUAGCGUUGCUAAGGGUGUUGCAAAGAAAUUACUUUGUACUUCAACUGGUCUAUUGUGUACUUCUCCUGAACAUGUUUAAAGACAUUUUGCCAAGCAUUUUUGGAAAGUGUUAUGGCAGUUUAUCCCUUUCCACAGGACUGACAGGACAACAGAAAGCUCUGCCAGUUGCAAACUACAAAUUUUUAAACAGUGGCCUACAUUAGUUUGCUGAAAAGUGUCUUGAGUCCGGAGGUGUACGUGCUUUUGAUCUCUAACUAUGUACUAUAGGCACAAAUGUUGGCAAGAUGUCUUAAGAAUGCCUUCUCUGAUUCAGAGCUCUCUGGUACAUUCAGCCUAUGAAUAGGAAGAACUGAUUUGAUUGUUGUGUUGUUUUGUUUUUUGGUGAAAGAUUUAGUUUAGCGUUUAAUGUCAAAUUUACAGUUCCAUGCCAAUAUACAGGAAUAUAUGCCUAGUUUUAUGAAAAGCUCCUUGAUUAUUGCUGUUUUUUUUUUGUUGUUUUUUUUUUGGCAUUUGGGAACUCAGCUGUUUCAAAGUACAUGUAACAUUUUCUGUACUCUGAAAUGUGCUAGUGGCAUUGCUAGGCUUUCUGAGCACUGUUUUUUGUGGAAUUUAUUCAAUUUUCUGUGAUGCACAAGUAUCAGGAAAAAGUGAUGUUUCAAUGUUGUGCCAAGUACAGCAUUGAAGACAAAAUAAAUUUAG